AUGGCUUUUAAAGUUGCUGGCAGCCAGAAAGCUGCUGUAGACCCUGGGAGAUCAUCCACUCCAUCUUCAGUUUAUCCCACAGUCAACUUUCAGGUCCUCAAUGUGGACCAUGUGUUCUUGAGACAGGACAGUCCAGAGCCAUCGGGGAACGGCAGCCUGAAGGCUCAGAGUUUUCUUAUCACUGGUUUAGGAGCCGGUCUCCUCCAGCCGGCUGUCAAUGCUUCAUAUGGCCCCCUGGCUGUAGAUGCUUCUAUUUCUCCAGACCUGCUCCUCAGCAGUCGCAGGAUCCUGCCGGUCAUUUUAGGCCGCCAGGUUCGUUCGUCAUCUCCUGCUGUCAAGAUCCUCUUCCACAUGCCCUCAGAAAGUAACAUCACAGCUGGGCGAGACACAGAGGGCUCGAGAGAAGAUGAUAGGAAAAAUGGCGGGGUUAAGGCCAAGGACGGAGCUCACUGUGUGACGGCUUACGCCUUCUGGGAGACGAGGGAGGUCCGUGGAGCUUGCCUGGUGCCUCCAGGUGGAUUCUGUGUGGCGCAGCUGAAGCCGGAGCCCAACUGGUUCAGUUCAGCCAGCAGGUCAGGAAGCUCUAGCAGGGAAGCGGAAAGAACCGAAGGAGUUAAGGGGCUUCAGGGGAACGUUGUGGAGGUCUACUUCCAGAGUCGGAGGGACCAGACGGGGCAGUGCACCCCACAGGACAGCCUGCAGCGAGUGGGAGUGGGAAGAGGAAGAGACUCUGGGGGAUCUGGGACACCGAUGAGGAGGAUAGGAAGCGUCAGUCUGCUCAGAACUCCACAGGGGAACCCAACUUUUCUUCGGCUGAGACUGGGCGGUGCUGUGGUGAUCCAGACAUCCUCGAAGCCCCUGAAGGCGACUGAUGUGGCAACUUUUUAUGUCUUUCUGGCGAGUACAUCCACCUUGGAAGGUUUCACACUCAGGGCAACAGUGAAAAUGGGCCUGUCAUUCAGUGCAGCUCGGCCCAGUGACUCAGCAAUGUGGGACAUCAUCGUGGAACCUGCGACGCCCAACACCGUUUCUGUCAUUUGCAGCAGAAAGGCUGCAAUCACCGCAAAGAGGGGUCUUCUUGAGGUUUUACAGCUGGAUUUUGUACCAAAAGAAGUUUCAGAGCAGGCCGAGAGUCACACCAUCUCCUGGCGUUUGGAGCUGCCUGGGAAUGUCAAGGAUGUGGGCCUUAUGCGCAUCCACACCACCCAGAAAGACUAUGUGGGGCUGGCGCCACUGGUGAUGAACACUGAUGUCUUGAAUACUGCCGUGCUGACGGGUAAAAUGGUUUCGGUCCCGUUGAAAACUCUGGCUGUCGAGGCCGACGGCUCAGUCACCGAUGUCACCAACUAUACCAGCUGCAGGUCCACAGACGAGGAUGUACUGAAGGUGUCAGAGCGCUGCAACUAUGUGUAUGUAAAUGAUAAAGAGACGCGAGGGAAGAGCAAGGUGAUGCUCAACUUCACUUACGGUUUCUUGAGCGCCCAGCUGGAGAUGAGUGUAUGGAUGCCCCGCCUGCCCUUGUUCAUCGAUGUGGCCGACCCCGAGCUCAGCCAGAUCAAAGGCUGGAGAGUUCCUGUUACUACCGGCAACAGGAGAUCUACAUGGGACAGCGAGGAAGAGGAGGAGAUGAGGAAGGGCAGGGGUUGCAUGCUGCAGUACCAGCACUCCACACUAAGGGUGCUCACACCGUUUGUCGCCCAGCCGGAUGCCGAGGUGCUGCCGGACCCGCUGACUGGGGAAGAACCUGUCGAGUACUUUCUGGGUUCUGAUUGGAAGGUGGAUGUUACCAAUCUUGUACGCUAUAAUCUGAACGUCGCAGAUCCGGAUGUGGCCUGGGUGCAGGAUGGGGUGGUGGUGCGAGGACGGGCUGUGGGUGCUACUUCUGUACAGGUGCUGUCUCCUCUGACGUCAGCCGUCCUGGCUGAGAGGAGCAUCAGGGUGGUGGAUGAUAAAGUCAGUGUGACAGAGGUGGGGGUGCAGCUGGUUUCCGGACUCUCGCUGUCCCUGCAACUCAGUCCAGAGAGCAACAGGGCCAUUGUUGCCACAGCAACCACACGGGAGAGGAUCAUGCAACUCAAACAGGAAGCAGUGGUGAGCUGCUGGGUUCAGUUCAGCGAUGGUGCAGUUACUCCACUGGACAUGUUUGAUCGCAGCGUCUACUCUCUGACGGUCUCCACUCCAGAUGAGAGGGUGGCCACAGUACGUCGCACCCCGCAGUCCACAUUUGUAGUAGCACAGGGCGAAGGUGAAGGCAAGGGGGCGCUAGUGAGAGUGGAGCUGAGGAUCUGUGAAGAAUGCCAGAAAUCUAAGAGGAAGAGCAAGUUGGCGGUUGGAACGGGGCUUCUCAAGAUCAACUUCCAGAAUAGCAGCAGAGUCGUAGCGCGAGAAGGAGGUGCUGAUGGAAGUAAAGAUUUGGAUGGCGGUGCAUCAGAACUGGUGGGUCAACUUAGAAGAACAGUUACAUCACAGGGUGGUGUGAAAGACAUGAAUAAAUUGCCGUCAAGGAGCACAGCGAGAGAGGCCACCGUGACAGAAACCACCACUUCAACGACGUUUUCAGCCAGAAAUAUGCAGCCGCAUGUUGUGUGGAUUGGAACGACGAGCAAGCCCACAAGAGGUACUGCUAAUGCUGUUGUUACCACGGCUUCCACCACAGCUGUGACUAAGCCAAAUACAAAGCGGAGCACCGCCAUACCUAUAGCAACAACAGUAGGUGUUUUCAGUAAAGGAGAGGGCCAGAAGAGAAGCUAUGGAAACAUGCUCGACAUCCCUAAUUCACCUCAGAACAAAGACAUCCCUAAAGCAGAAGUGACCCCAAAGAAGCAGCCUCCCAAAUCUAAAACUCCUAAAGUAAUUGAAAGCGACCUCAUUAAGACUUUCAGAGCCAUGUCUGACUUGGAAAUCGGCAUGUAUACCUUGGUGGGGGUCUCCUGUGUGGCUAUCUUGGCUUUUUUUAUCAACUGUGCUUCGUAUAAUCUGUGUUUCCGUAAGCAGAAGACCCCCACACAGGCAGGCCCGAUACCCAGCGCUGACCCAAAAGAACACAAGCACGACUGGGUGUGGCUGGGUGGCGGCAAUCGUGCUGCUCCUGUCCCGGGUGUUCCAACUCAAGUGUCCACGUUAAAACACGAGUCUCAUCGCCCUCUGGAGUCCCGUCAUUCCAUCGAUUCAAUGGCCACUCGCGGUCUGGAGAGCACCCUGCCCACAGUCAGCGCCCCCGCCAUCCCAGAGAGAACUGCCACGCUGGGUCGCAGCAGGACCAGCUCCCAGCAGCAGCACUUUCAAGCAAAAGCAGUCGACCCCAUGGCGAACCGGUCGGCCACCCUGCUGGCGAGGCCGCACCGCAGCGAUCCGCUUCAUUCUCCAACCAGCAAGAGGAACCAGGUCCAGUUCACCACCUUCACCACGCUGGACAUCAAGCACUUGGCUGCAUUAAAGAAGAACGGCGUGGACUUGAACUGGGCCAACCAACAGAAGCAGCAGCACGAAGCCCCCGCCGAGCCCCAGGCGCCUUUACCUGACAUGCCGUGGCCUGUAGUCAAACCUCUCGGAGAGCCCCAGUGAGUGCGCUGGGGUGAGUGUCUGUGUGUGUAUUAAAGAUCUACACAGCAUGUUCUGGUGUAGAAGUCCAAAAGAAAGGAAUCUAGCUUUUUGUUAACAGAGGAACUAUAAAGGAUGCAUUUAUUGAGAUUACAGAAAGAAAAUUUUAUAUUUAAAAAUGUGCUCAGUGCAAGCCUGUAAAUACAAAAUGUAACCCACGAAGGCCGACAUGAAGCAAUACCUUAGUCAUUUUUUAAAGAUUAAAAGUAAUUUGCAUGAUUUUUCUGUAUUUAUGUCCUGUAAAUAUACAUAUAUCUAUACUAUUUUACUUAUUUCUACAUUUCUAAGUGGAGACAAGAGUUUUCAUCUCCUUUUACUUUUCAUACAAUUCUGUUGCCCGUGUAGAAACAGCUCUAGAUAUUCUUAGAUGUCAGGGUAGAUGCAGUACGGGCAAAUUUUUUCAUGUAAUUCUAUUCUUUUCCAGCCUUUUGUACUUCUUUUCUUUUUAUCUUCCGGGAUUCCUCCAGAGAAUACCUGAGGAGUCUGUGCAAUUUGUCAGAGAAUAUGCAACAUUUAUCAAGUUAUUUUGAGCAAUCUGUCACCGCAGUCUUCACCAGAUAUUUAUUCAAAUCGAAUGCAUGCUAUGCAAAUAUAGUCUGUGUCGAGUGUGAAAUGGACAUUGUUCCAGAAUUUUUUAAAACAAAGUUACGCUGGCCUUCAGGCUUCUCCCGAGGACCCUGCUUUAACAAUUUGUAAAACUGUCUAAUCUCGGUCUCUUGACACGGUGCAAUACAUAUUCAGUUGUAAGAUUUUUCAUGUGUGAAUGAAAAACGAUGAUGCCUUUUCUAUGUAAUAUCCUCCUAUUUUUAAACCAAAAUGUGACGUGUGUUUCCAAUGAGAUUCUAUCAAUAAAGAACAAAUGGAUACAUUU